AUUGAAUUUUAUUGCCACAAGAAUAUGGUCGCGGGAAUCCUCCUAAAGUCCUGAUAAUGGUCUGACAGUGACGAUGCCAUCGAAAUAUCAGAGUAGCAGUUGAUUAUCCGGAGUGAACUAGAGAGAGAAGAGAGAUGGAGAGCGGGUCAUCGACGGCGCCGAAGAAAUGGUCGUUCAAAGGGAACGAAGCGCUGACAAAGGCGUCGGCGACCAGCAUCAGAACUGUACUGAUGAAUACCAUGGGUAAAAUCGAUCCGCGAGACCCAAGGCCCACCAUUCCUCUCGGCCACGGCGACCCCUCCGCGUUUCCCUGCUUCCGGACCACUCCCGUGGCCGAAGACGCCAUCGCCGACGCCGUCCGGUCCGCCAAGUUCAACGGCUAUGCCUUACAGGUUGGCAUUCCGCCAGCGAGAAGGGCCAUAGCAGAUUACCUUUCAAAAGAUCUUCCAUACAAGUUAUCAUCAGAAGAUGUUUAUGUAACACUUGGAUGCGCUCAAGCCAUUGAAGUCAUAUUAACAGUUCUUGCUCGUCCAAAUGCAAACAUUCUGCUCCCAAGACCAGGCUUUUUCCUUUACGAAAUCCGUGCUGCUUAUUGCCAACUUGAAGUUCGCCACUUUGAUCUUCUUCCAGAGAAAGGUUGGGAGGUAGAUCUUGAUGCUGUUGAAGCUCUAGCAGAUGAGAAUACAGCUGCUAUUGUCAUCAUUAACCCUGGAAAUCCUUGUGGAAAUGUUUUUACGCAUCAACAUUUGAAGAAGGUUGCUGAGACCGCAAGAAAGCUUGGAAUACUAGUGAUUUCUGAUGAAGUUUAUGAUCAUCUCACUUUUGGGAGUAACCCAUUUGUUCCUAUGGGCGUCUUUGGAUCAAUUGCACCUGUUAUUACAGUUGGGUCUAUAUCUAAGAGGUGGAUCGUUCCUGGUUGGCGACUUGGUUGGCUAGUCACCAAUGAUCCCAAUGGCAUCCUUGAAGAAUACGGGAUAGUUGAUUGCAUCAAGGGAUGUGUCGAUAUUAGCGCUGAUCCUCCAACCUUCAUUCAGGGAGCAGUUCCUCAUAUCCUUGAGAAGACGAAAGAUGAUCACUUCUCAAAAAUUGUCAAUCUACUGAGAGAAACUGCAGACAUUUGCUAUUCUAAAAUCGAAGAGAUCCCUUACAUUACUUGCCCAAGCAAACCUGAGGGGUCUAUGUUUGUAAUGGUUAAACUAAAUCUGUCUCUACUGGAAAAUAUUGAAGAUGAUAUUGACUUCUCUCUCCAGCUGGCUAAGGAGGAAUCCGUGGUUGUUCUACCAGGGGUGGUUGUUGGUCUUAAGAAUUGGCUACGUAUAACAUUCGCCAUUGACCCUGCAUCUCUUGAAGAUGGCCUAGGGAGGGUAAAAGCUUUCUGUGAAAGGCAUGCUAAGAAGCAACAAGUUGAAAAGACAAGUUCUUCCAUUUAGCUCAGAUGUGGUCAACCCCCUUCUCUGGUAACUUACUGAUUCUGCUACAUGCCUUUGGCUUAUUGUAGAGGAUUUCAUAGGUUCUGCCAUGGGGAGGUAAGUGCUGAUCAACUUCUGGAUUGAUCGCACGUUUCUUUUAAGUUGGCAUAAUAAUGCGCUUGUUCCUAAAACAAGCUGAUCAACUACUGCAUGUUGAUCGCACAUUUAAUUUAAAGAUGGCAUAAUAAUCGCGUGUUCCUUAAGAACUCUGUGUUAUUGUACUUUGGGCCGUAUGGGGGUCUUGUAUUACCCUGUAAAGACAUUUGUUGGCUACUUUAGGACCUCAAAUGUUCUCUGCGGGGUGAUCUGAUCAACAGGGCGUUGAUCUCAUGCGCCGUUUGAAGUCAGCAUCAUAGUGUGCUUGUUCCUCAAAAACUAUGUUUUAGUUAUUCGAUCAAUACGAUUCUUGUAGUACCCUGUAAAAGUUGGCACACAAGUGGUGAUAAAGAAGUCUCAGCGUUGGUUCU